UAUCUCGGAAAACCGAAUUCCACUUACGAACCACCACUACGACAAUCUUAGAAAUGCCCGAGUUUCUUCAUCAGGAUCAGAUAGACAAGUUUUACCGGAACGGUUACCUACUCAUACCGGGAUUCCUCAGUCCCGAGGAAACAAACAACCUGCUUCAACGAUCCAAACAGCUCAUAUCUGAAUUCCCUAUCGAAUCCCAUCCCCGGACAAAAUUCACAACCGGAGAUGAAAAUCACGUCGGCGAUAACUAUUUCCUGACUUCAGGGGAUAAGAUACGCUUUUUCUUGGAAGAAGAUGCUGUUGAUGGUGAUGGUAAACUGAAUAGAGAAAAGGAGAAGGCUGUCAAUAAAAUAGGGCAUGCAUUACAUGAACUCGAUCCUGUUUUCCGAAAAGUCACAUUGGGGAAUCAGAGGGUGCAGGCUGUAGCGCGCGAUCUCGCCAUGCAUGUUGAUCCUGUCGCACUACAGUCGAUGGUUAUCUGUAAACAACCACAGAUUGGUGGAGAAGUCGGGGAACACAAUGAUUCAACCUUCUUAUAUACUGAUCCCCCCUCGGCACUGGGAUUUUGGUUUGCCCUUGAGGAAUGCACACCGCUCAAUGGGGCCUUAUCUUUUUUGCCUGGAUCUCAUCUAACUACUCCGAUUACAAAACGCUUCGUUCGGCUUCCGGAGGGUGGAACAGGGUUCGAGAAGAUAGUUUCCCCCGAGGUUGAAGCACAUGCGGCAUCAGCUAAGGGCAAAUACAUCCUCGAGGCCUGUUCUCCGGGUGAUCUGGUUUUAAUUCAUGGCGCAGUCCUCCACAAAUCUGAGCGCAAUACAAGCUCUCACACUCGAUUUGCAUACACAUUUCAUAUGAUCGAGUCUUCUCCACGUGCCCUUUACGAUGCCAAGAACUGGUUACAACCAACCCCUAGCAUGCCAUUUUCUCGUGUUCUGAACGAGCCCAAUCUGAAGUUGAUAAACCCAGCCCUUGCAUAAACAAGGCCCGCUUUAUUUUAUAUCGAAUCCAGAGGUUUGUAUCAUAUAGGAACGCAUUCAAAAUGUUAUCCUUCGAGUCAUAUAUGUAUCAUGAUUUUCAGUCCACUAUUUGG